AGUUUCCACGGUAAGAGUGUACGUACCGGUGACAAGCUGCGCACAGAAAUAAACGCAAUGACAUGAACGAACCCCAGGAACUAUCCAAGUCAAAUGCAAAACCUGCCACACUGAGCUAUUCAAGAUGGUUUUCGAAACUAUUUCAAGGAUAAUAAAAGUCCAGCUUCCAGCCUACCUCAAGAGGCUUCCACUUCCGGAGACGAUCGGCGGAUUUGCAAGGUUAACAGUCUCUGAGUGGCUCCGGUUGCUGCCUCUUCUGGGUAUCCUGGCUUUGCUGGGCUAUCUGACCAUUCGCCCAUUCCUGCCAAAGAAGAAGAAGCAGCGAGACAGCCUGAUCAACCUGAAGAUCCAGAAAGAGAACCCAAAAGUAGUCAACGAGAUAGACAUUGAGGACCUGAACAGCGCAAAUGUUUGUUACUGUCGCUGCUGGCGCUCUAAAACUUUUCCUGUUUGUGACAAGUCACACUUAAAGCACAAUGAGCUAACUGGAGACAACGUGGGACCGCUCAUACUCAAAAAGAAGAUACUGUAAUUGAUGGGAGUUUUUCUUUGACCUCCUCAGCCUUUCGUUUUCAUUUCUUAACAGUUUGUAGUUUGUCUACUUUUCGUUUUUACAAGAAUCUUUGUCUCGCCUUGGUGCCACGUUAAUGUUGGACAGAUAGAUUGACUUCCAGAGUUUUCAUUUGAAGUGGUCCUCCUAACUAACCUCAAAGUACACUUUUCCACAGUGAGAGAACUGUAUUUUAGGUUCUUUAAUGGCAUCAUGCAGUUAAGAAGGUUUCAUUUGUUGUUGUUUUUUGGCCCAUUCUUCAUUGCUCACUUUUGGUUAACAGAACAGCCUUUUUUUUAUUUGACUGUAAAUUCAGUUUAAGUCAUGUCUCAGUCUUUUUCCAAUCAACUACAAUUCAUCAUUGGGACCACUUUGAGGAGGAAACUGUAAAUAUAAUUGCAGUGACUUUAUGAUGACUUUCAAUGAUCUGAACUCAACAAGGAGUUCCGAGUUAAUGGUUGUUUUAAUUAAAUACUUAAUACUAGUCCAACCCCUAAUCAACAUUUUGUACUGUAUGUCUUCAUUUUGGACAAUUCUUUGGUAUUAUUUAACAGUCUUUUUGUCUGUCUGUCUCUUUUAAGUUAUUAUGUGUCUUGGAGGCUACUUAUUCCUUCUUCAGAUGUAUUUUGUUCAUAGCCUAUAUAACAGUUUUUGAAGGCUAUGAACAAGGCUAUGAGUUUUACAUUUUGCAUUCAACACCGUUGCCUAUAAACAUUUCAACCCACUGCACCAUGGUGUAAUAUCCAGUUACAGUUUUACCCUCACCAUCCCAUUGAUUUGACAAUGUAACUUCUGCAGGACAAGAGCUCUACUGUUUUUUUUCUAGCCUCUGUAAUGUCAUAAUGGCUGUAUAUAGUUGACUUCCUGCUAGAAGAUUUCCUCUUAAAUUCAUCAACAAUAUUUUAUACAUAAAUGGCUUUUGUCAUCA